AUGGAACGAUCUGCUUUGGCUCCUUCUUUACCAACAUAUGCUCUAAGGGUGGAACGAUCUGUUUUGGCUCCUUCUUUACCAACGCUGCUAGGAAGGAGGAUAUGUAUGCUGUGUUUUCUAUUUCCUUUCUCAUAUCAAUACUCUCCACGAAGGUAUUACGAUCCAUGGUUCGAUUCCGUAGAAGACCCACGCGCUUCUUUUAAAAUUGUGCAACCUAGAAACAUCGACAGACAGACCCUUCCACAUGUCUACAACGAUGGAACUGAUUCCGGGAGGCAUUUUAAACCAGAAACUAUACAUAAAAUAUCAGAGACUUUAGGAGCUUUGAAUACCGUCGGGAGGUAUUUAGUUAAUAUGACAAGAGGAGGUGGAGAAACAAAUAACAAACUGUCGCCUGAUGUGCCAAGCGCGCUGUACACUCUCAGCAAAAAUGUAUUAGGAAGGAAUGUAACAGAUACUAUAGCUCCAUUGGUAAGAGAAGCUUUGCCUAUUAACAUUGAAGAAAAAGAACCGAUCGAUUCAAAUUCUGAAAAUUCGAGAAUCUGUACAACGCCAGAGGGACAAGAUGGAUACUGUAACGAUUUGAGUGACUGCCCUCAACUGUUAUUAAAUCUGGGAAAUUUAAGGCAAUCGCUGUGCUUCAAAAGCCUUUUUGUCCCAGGAGUAUGUUGUCCAAAUACUAACGAUGUUGCAAAUCCAUCCUUCACAACAACAACUAGCACAACGACGUCGACGACAACGACAACAAUCCGUCCAGUGACUUUUGCUGCUAUUUAUUACAAUACAGAGAAGACAUCUGCAGAAUCAAGCCACUCGUCAGAAGUCAGCAAACCGUUAAAUAAGCCGGCAGUUUUCAAUAAUUUUGUGGAUCCACAAGAAUGCGGCCAACCAGAAAACUCAAAGUUUCGUGUGAUCGGUGGAGAACAAGCUUUACCAGGGCGAUGGCCAUGGAUGGCAGCUAUCUUCUUACAUGGGUCUAGAAGAACUGAAUUUUGGUGCGGUGGAACGCUAAUAACGGCGACGCAUAUUCUUACAGCCGCUCACUGCACCAGAGAUUCUCGACAAAGACCGUUUGCUGUGCAUCAGUUUACAGUUCGUUUAGGAGACAUCGACUUAAAGCGAGACGAUGAAGCUUCAGCUCCAGUCACGUUCAAAGUUACAGACGUUAGAUCACACACACAGUUCUCCAGAAUUGGAUUUUACAACGACAUAGCCAUUUUGAAGCUCGACAGGCCUGCUAGAAAAUCAAAAUAUGUGAUACCUAUUUGUUUACCACCACCACACCUGAAAAAUGAAAAAUUUGCUGGAAGGAAGGCUACAGUUGUCGGUUGGGGUACUACGUAUUACGGUGGAAAAGAAAGCACCGUGCAGAGACAAGCGGUGCUGCCAAUUUGGCGAAAUGGAGACUGCAAUGAAGCUUACUUCCAGCCCAUUACUUCCAGUUUUAUCUGCGCUGGUUAUUCAGAAGGAGGAACCGAUGCAUGUCAAGGAGAUUCUGGAGGGCCUUUGAUGGUUCUUUGGGAGACAAGAUGGAUUCAAGUAGGAGUGGUCUCCUUUGGCAAUAAAUGUGGAGAACCAGGUUAUCCAGGCGUGUAUACAAGAGUUACAGAAUAUUUAGAUUGGAUAGACGAGAAUACGCGAACAUGAUACAUUUAGACUUGUAAAUAUUAUAAUUAUUGUAAUUUCACCAGUGAUACAAAUUACGUGAUUAGUUUUAGGUUAAUAUGUAACAUA